UGAUACUGGGAGUGACUGGGAGUGACUGGGAGUGCACACCACCAACUCAAUGGCCAAUGCAGAAUCUUAUCACGGUCACCAUCACCGCCUUGCAUUGAAUGGCUUGACCUCCAAUCGGCUCUGAUACGCAAUGGCCUUGGGGAUACAGAAUGAUAGGUCGCUUAGAACAAUCCAACCCUCCAUUAUCACAAUCACAGGCUUUGAAAAGGAGGUCUUUAUCAGCUCUGUCUUACAUCGUGAGGCCUUGUGUUCUCCUUGGAUGUUCUGGAUUCCCAUGUUUGAGGGUGCGCUACACAACAGCCGACAGCCGACAAGGGCCCCAACCGUUUCAACCGGAAAGUCAUCUUGGCCACAAGCAUCCUGACUCUGAUCAUCCUCAAGGAUGGCCAUAUCCCCUAUCCUUGGACGUUAUCAAUGCGCUUCGAGGAAAUCGACGACAUCGAACUUAUUCCCCGCCGUCUUACCCUACCUACACAGCUGUCGGACGUAAGGGCGAGGAUAGGCAGCCAUGGUUACCCAGCUGCUUAAUGCCGUGUCUUGUGUUCCAGCUCAGUGUAGUGUAUCUCAUCUCUCCGAUUCUCCGGGUCAUGUCGCCCAUCAUAGACGAUAGACCUGUAGUUACAGCCGAGUCAGUCGAUGGACCUGCUGACCCAGAGCUUUCGAAGCCAAGUACACCAUCGCUCUUGAUCUCAACCCGCGAUAGCCCAAUUGAGACCCAUCCAUCUUGCAUCACACGGCAACAGACAUGAGAUGGUGCUCACCGGGUCUCUUCGAUGGGCUUGUAUCCCAGUCGUUAGCUCCCCGCAUUGGACUCGACGGCGGGGAAAUUAAAGCCCUCAUGAACAAAACAUAAUUCCAGUCACAGAAACAGCUGUCGUCCAGCUGGCGGUGAGCCUCAACGCAGGAACAACUCACUGUUGGAUAUCCUCUCUCCACUCAAGUCCACCGGCCCCGUCAUGGCAUCAACGGCUGGACCUCAGUGGUUCCUUUCUACCCCCGUUUCCAUAAAACGCCGCUCCGCAGCGUGGACCAAUCGGAACCAAAAAAAACAUUAGCCUCAUAUAACUUCACAAAAGGGGCUCGACUUCUCGAUUGUUUUCGUAAAACCGGCAGAUGGCGAGAGCUUCAAGUCUGCCGUUGUAAGAG